UUGCUAAUAAAAUUUGAAGUGGGAGAGGUAGUCGCUGUUCGGCUGUGUGGGUUGGCGGUACGUUUUUGGACCGUUCUGUUGUGCUUUCUGUUUCAAACGGCAAUCCGUUCAGAAACAACUCAGUAAGCUGCGUAGUUUAUUGGACGGAUAUACUGGCAGCACUUCUUGUUUGGUUUUCUUCCCCAAACGGAACGUCCCCAGUGGACAGUGUCCUUGCAGUCCAGUCAUCAAACCACAAUGAUCACCAGAAGAAGAAGUCGCACUGGCACCAACACAGAGCUGCAGGCUCUGGAGGUUGAAACAGUAGAUGUGGUGGAAAGUAUGGCAGAUCUUCCGGUUCCAUGUGAGGGAUUCCCAGCAGAAGAUAUGAAUGCUACUGGAAUAGAGCUAGAUGACCUGUUUGAAGACUUAAAAUGGACACUAGAAAGAGAUGCUUCGUCCCCACCCUUCAGUAUUGACUUGUCUGAUCUUUGUGCAUACGACGCCAAAGAUGGAGACUCUGGGCUUGAAGCUUCAAUGGCCUCAUCUCCAGAGAGAAUGUCCGCUGACUCCAAGAAGAGCAGGCAAAAGCAGUCAAGCAGUGUGAAUAACAAAAAUGCGAUUGCUGCCAGAUUAAAUCGUCUGAGGAAGAAAGAAUAUGUCAGCAGCUUGGAGAAGAAAAUUGGUGUCCUGUCAGUGGAAAACGGCAUGCUCAAACAGGAAAACACUCAGCUGACCAAAAGAGUGGAGGAGUUGGAAGAUGAAACCAGGUACUUGAGGGCUGUGCUGGCAAAUGAGAGCAUGUUAGCCCAGCUCUUGUCGAGGCUGAGCGGUGUGAAUGGGAUGAAAUUAUCUUCCUCGCUUUUCCAGGGGCCUGACUCAAAUGAGCACGACUAUGCCCUGCCCAGAAAAUGUGCCAGAGUGGAGGAGAAACAAACAUCUGGUGGCGUGUGUCUGCAUGUGGACAAGAACCAUGUCUCAGUGGAGUUCUGCACAAAGUGUGCAGAGAGUGCAAGCAAAUCGCUCAAAAUUUUCUUCUAGGUAAUUGGUUGAUCCACCAUGCGGGAUGAGUGGCUUUCAGAGCGCCUUUGCCUGCUUGACUCCCUGUGGAUUCUGCUGGUGGAAGGGGAAGAGGCUGGACAAGCUGCUGCCAUCGUGGCCUGGUAUAUUUUUAAAGGUAGUAUUGGUAUCAAAUGGUAUUUGUGAUCCUAUUUCAUCAAUACUCCACAACAUCUGUAGCUGCAGAUCCUGUCAGCGUAGCUCCUGCAGCAUUUUAGGGGCUGGCUACAGCUUCUCCGUUACUUGAAGCAAUGCAGACAAAGGCUUUAUAGGCUUUUCAGAAUUAUAAGUUGUAUAUAUUGAUGGAAUGUACAUUAAAUAUACUCAGAACAGUCUGCUGUAAGUAAGAAAUUGCCAGUUUUUGUUCAAUGUAACCAAAUGUAAAUGCUUACAUAAUUGAACACAUUGUUUUAGGUAAAUGGCCUUUGAGAAAUGGACAAAUAAAUCCUAUUUUCAUUACAUUUGACUUACAAAUAUCUGCUGUGUCUUGUUGUGUGCUGUUGAUAUUAAUGCAUCUCUUUUUCUCUCUCUAAACAGCAAGCUCUCUGCCGAUAAACUGAACAUUUGGGUCAAGUCUGGUAAAGGUUGUCAAAGCAAACGACCGAGAUAAUCAUUUGAAAGCACAAAGCAUGAGGGCCCACAGGGGUUCAUCAUCAUGUCCAUAUUUUAGCCCAUCUAUUUCAAAUCACAUCCUUACCCUACACUCAAAAUUAGAGGGGUUGUCGUGGGUCUGGGUCAGUCUACUUAAACUGUGCCAAGGACAUCCCUGACAAUAUUUUUGCUACAGAGUAUAGCUGCACUACUAUGAUUGCCUGUCUGUGACCUCACGUCAAGUGUCUGUGUAGAUACUCUGGAGCAGGCAGGCUUUCUUAAUUUGAUCUUAACUCGUUAGUUCAGUUCAUAUGUUCAGCUGUCAUGUCGCUCUUUCAUGAUGCUGCUUCAAAUAAAAAGCUCUCAAAUGGAAAAA